AUGAUCUCACGUAAGCGCAAGGUGCGAUUCGUACAAGUACAGGCAACUCCCGAAAAGAUCACAAUCAACACGAAGGAAGAGCAUGUUCGUGAAGAAACAAUGGAUUCUGCAGAUGAAUUCGAGCCUUUCAUGACCAUACCUCCCCAUCUUGUUCGGUGGCCAGCAAUUCGUGAUACACUAUCUUCUUCGACGUCUCAACUGCAAGCUCAAACGAUUGCAGAGUGUCUACCUUUACUAAACGCGAUCAACAACCCGUCGUCGAAUCCUUUCGACUUUGAUGAACAUGGUCAGCACAACCUAAACCGCGCCGAUCACAUCAAGUUCAUCCGUGAUGGCUUGCAAGCACUACCAGCUCAAUUCGUUGCCAUGGAUGCAAGCAGACCAUGGCUGAUGUAUUGGAGUUUACUAAGCCUCUACGUAUUAGGCGAAGAUGUCAAGCCAUUACAGUCUAGCAUAAUCAAGACGUUCGAACCGCUACAGAACAAAUCAGGUGGAUUUGGCGGAGGGCAAGGUCAUCUUUCUCACCUUGCUGGCACAUACGCUGUAAUACUUGCGGUUUCCAUGGUCGGAGGGCAAGACGUUUACAACGUGAUAGAUCGCGUCGCCCUUUGGCAUUGGCUCGGCCGGCUCAAGCAAUCGAAUGGAGGAUUCUGUGUUUGUGAAGACGGCGAAGAAGACGUCAGGGGCGCUUACUGUGCUCUCGUUGCCAUCACCCUCUUAGACCUUCCAUGGCAUCUUCCGAGCGACUCCGCGGCAAGAGCAAGUGGUAUGACUGACUUCCGAGAUGGCCUUGGAGAGUAUCUCUCGAGCUGUCAGACCUACGAAGGAGGUAUAGCUGCAAGUCCCAGCAACGAGGCGCACGGUGCCUACACCUUCUGUGCCCUGGCCUGUCUCAGCAUUCUUGGUCCACCUCACGAAACGAUCAAAAGAUAUCUGAAUGUAGAGUCCUUGCUGCAAUGGCUGUCUGCACGUCAAUAUGCACCAGAAGGGGGGUUCGCUGGUCGAACCAACAAAGUUGUUGAUGGCUGCUACAGUCAUUGGAUUGGAGGAUGCUGGCCUCUAGUCGAAGCUGUGUUAACAGGGCCAGAUCACGAAGGCGAGAGCGUCGACCCCUCGACGAAAGCUAGAAUUUUCAGUGGGGAAGGAUUGGUCAGAUACAUCCUGGGGUGCUGCCAAGGACCUUCGGGUGGACUAAGAGAUAAACCUUCCAAACGUCCAGAUGCAUAUCAUACCUGUUAUAACCUUUGCGGACUUAGCAUGACGAAACAUAGCCAUGUAUACUAUUUACGGCAGAGUCCAGACUCAGGUCUGCUCGAAUAUGCUGCUCGACGCAACGACCUUCUACGGCCGACUUCAGAAGACGUGUCAGAGGCAGAUAGCACCUCACAGGAGGUCGCCGCAUUUCAUCCUGUUUAUGUUACUCCUCACACUGCAGUCCAUGAUCUAGAGCAAUGGUCACGAACUCAUGCGCUUGAUUUUGAGGUAGCUCACAUCUCUGCCGAGAGCAAAUAG